AUGUCAAAUCAAAAAGAUCAAGAAGUUCAGAUGUCUGUUAAUGAAGUAAACAGAGGGAAUGGUUUUAGUCCGUCUAGUUCAAGAACUGCAUUUGAUCAUAAUACUGGGCCAGUUGUUUCAUCUGCUACAGUCAGUACUUUACCAAGAAAUAGGAAAAAAACUUCCAUAGUUUGGAAAGAGUUUAUUAAUAUCCCUAAAGACAAAAAUCCCGAUGGAAGACAGAGAGCAAAAUGCAAGGCUUGUGGGAAUAUAUAUCUGGCUGACUCAUCUAUCAAUGGCACUGGUAGUUUGAGGAGACAUCUUAAGUCUUGCCUCAAGCGUAAAAAUAAUGAUGUUGCUCAAAUGUUAGUGGGUGGAGGUGAUGGGAAUGUGGCACUGAAAACUAAGAGGAUUGAUGCAGAUGUAGUUCGAGAUAUGAUUACCACACUUAUUGUCAGACAUGAGUUGCCCUUGGUAUUCGUCGAGUAUGAAGAGUUUAGGGCUUUGAUUUCUUAUCUUUACCCACAAUUUAGUCCUAUUAGUAGGAAUACCCAAAUGGCUGAUAUUUUAAAGUUGCAUACUAGAGAAAGCAAGAGGAUAAAGGAUUUUUUGAGUUCCUUCAAUGGUAGAAUGUCAUUGACUACUGAUUUGUGGACUUUUGUAACAACUGACUCCUAUAUUUCUCUCACUUGUCAUUAUAUUGACACAGAAUGGGUACUACAUAAAAAAUUAUUGAAAUUUUGCAUCAUGCCACCCCCACACACAGGAGCUAAUAUAUGUGAAAUUGCUUCAAAUAUGUUGUUGGAUUGGGGCAUAGAGAAGAAAUUGUUCUCUAUUACAUUAGAUAAUGCCGGUGCUAACCUUUGUUUUAUUGAGCACUUGAAAAAAAUUUUGGUAUUAAAGAAGGCAUUGUUGUGUAGUGGUUCCGGUUGCCGUGGUGGUGUCCCAACGUACCGUUUGAGUAGGGAAAUAUGGAACACCGGGUGA